ACUGAUCGUGUUCAGUAGCAAUCAACUUCCUUAGACGCACACGGCCACGGUCUGCUCUCUCAGCAUUGCCUAGGAGCACUCUUGCCUUUCGCGAGUUGGAAGCGUGACAAUCCCUAUCAAUAUUCUAUCACACAUUAGCCUGCCUUCUCCGCACCUCGCAUUGUUCUAUCGGAGAUUUUGGCCGUCGCAGGCGCGUCACAUUGAGGUCAUGUCUGCAUCUUCUAGCCGUGCCACUAUACCUUCGAGAGCGUCCUUGAAGCGUACCGCUGAACACCUUGACGAUGCUCCUACUGCAUCCAAGGUCACGAAAGGUACGUCCUGUCCAGUGUGAGAAUGAAGUCCCUGAGACGUCUUGCGUAGUGUUCCCUAUUUUCUCUAAACCCAGCCCUUCUACAUUCCGAUGGGCCAAAUUUCUGGGUCCUUCGGGAUCCUGUCUCCAUGGCAUGAACUUGGAACCCAAACCUUCGACGAAAGUGGCUGCCUUUGAUCUAGACGGCUGCCUUAUUGAAUCAUCGAUCGGCAAAAAGCAGGAUGCAUUGAAUCCCUUCAAGUGGUGGAGACCAAUUGUUCCUAGCAGCCUGAAGGAACUUCACAACGAAGGCUUUGCAAUAGUAAUACUCACCAACCAGGCACUACGUGGGGCAACUGCCAUUGCGAAUUGGAAGAAGAAGAUUCCUACCAUUGCUGACGCUCUCUCAGAUGUACCAUUCAAUAUCUUCGCAGCUACCGCGAAAGAUGGCUUCCGUAAGCCGAUGCCCGGUAUGUGGUAUGGGCUGGAGGAACUUUUCCUUCGAGAUGGUGUCUCGAUAGCAGACAGGGAAGCAUCGUUCUUCGUUGGAGACGCCGCAGGUCGAGCCGCAGAUCAUGCUGCCACGGAUAGAAAGUUCGCUCUAAAUGUGGGCAUAAGGUUUUCGACUCCAGAGGAGUACUUCCUCAAACUCCCACAAGCUCCGUACAAAGUGACUGGAUUCCACGUCUCAUCACUGCCAACCAAUCUCCCUUUAUAUACACCCACUGCAACUCCACUUUUACCAUCAUCACCCAAAUCCACCCCAGAAAUUGUCGUGUUUGUUGGCUUUCCUUCCCUGGGGAAGACUUCCUUUUACAGACGACACUUCGAGCCUUCUGGAUACGUUCACGUUAACCAAGAUACCCUCAAGAGUAGAGACAAGUGCAUCAAAGCUGUUGAAAUUGCCGUCCAGGAUGGACGAAGUUGCGUUGUCGACAAUACUAACCGGGACGCGGUAACGAGGAAGCAUUAUGUAGAUAUUGCUAAGCGACACAAGAUACAUAUUCGAUGUAUCCUUUUUGACGGGAGCAUAGAACUCGCUUGGCACAAUAACCUCUACCGUGCAUUCAACAUGCCGCCAUCAUCACUAGCGCAGCAGACCAAGCGCGAGCUGCUUCCAUACUCUGCACUCGCAGACUUCCGAUCGAAGUAUGAAGAGCCCCAUUUGUCAGAAGGAUUCAAAGAGAUCAAGAAAGUCAAUUGGGUUUUCAGCGGUUCGGAGGAAGAGAGAAGACGAUGGAGCAUGUGGUUGCAAAUAGACGGGAAAUAAUCUUGUGGGCCAGGAUUCAGUUUGUCACUGCUCCCGUAUACGUUAUGAUUUCUCUGCUCUGCUUGCGGUGUAACGGAACUAGUCAUGCGGGUAUCGUAGUCGAUCUUCACUCUUCGGUCUUUUUCAGUCCACUCAGGUCUCUUGUUCCUCUGGAAUGAUUCUGUUGUCAGUCUAGUGGAAAUUCACACCAAUAUAAUGCACGUACGCAACAGGCACGC